AUGAGGCUGGGGAGGCCCCUGCGGGCGGCGCUGGCCGUGCCUGCUCCCGGCCCGGGGAGGCGGUGUCUCCGCGUCCCGGCACAGCCGCUGCGGGGCCCGGCGAGGCCUUCCGAACUCAAGGUGACGCUCUCUCUCCUCACGCAGCGGGUGCCGCGCACGGGAUGGGUGUACAGGAACGUGGCGAAUCCAGAGAGCGUGUCCGACCACAUGUACAGGAUGGCGAUGAUGGCCUUGGUGACCGAAGACAAAAGCCUGAACAAGGACAGGUGCAUACGAUUAGCUUUGGUACAUGAUAUGGCUGAAUGCAUUGUUGGAGAUAUUGCUCCUGCAGAUAAUAUCUCAAAAGAGGAGAAACACAGGAGGGAAGAGGCAGCUAUGCAACAACUGACACAGCUUCUACCUGAGGACCUUAGAAAAGAAAUCUAUGAACUCUGGGAAGAAUAUGAAAACCAGUGUACUUCAGAAGCCAAGUUUGUAAAACAGUUGGAUCAGUGUGAGAUGAUCCUGCAAGCAUUUGAAUAUGAAGAGUUGGAAAACACACCUGGCAGACUGCAAGAUUUUUACAAUUCAACUGCUGGAAAGUUUGUUCACCCAGAAAUACUCCAGCUUGUAUCAUUGAUUAACACAGAAAGGAAUAAAAAAAUAGCUGCUACAUCUCAUCCACACUCCUAAGGUGUUUGUAAACGCUGUAGCUGUAAUAAAUCCUUUGUUUUACAUUCU